AUGGCCACCGUGAAAGACCCUGUCCCCCAUAUCAUCAGGACGGCUGAUGAUCCCCGGCAAACGGGUGUGUGGACAGCCAGGCUGAGCAGGAUUGAACAAAUCAAUUCCAAGAUCCGGUUGCUGAGACUGAGCCUGCAAAGAGAUGGACCACCUCUCCGCCAUCUCCCUGGUCAAUACAUCGACCUAUACAUCCCCAACAUCGACGUCGUGGGCGGCUUUACCAUCACGUCGCCGCCUCAAUCGGCCUCUCCCUCCCAAGAUGACCCGCACAUAGAACUGGCCAUCCAGUCCUCUCCGUCAAAUCCGCCCGCGGCGUACCUCUGGCGACCCGCCCCAGAGAUUCUCGACUCCACGGUAACAUUUCGCGUGGGUGGGAAUUUCGUCUAUCCCCCACCGACGUUGAACCGAGACGAAUGCCGGGCGUUGGAGAGAGUGGUCUUCGUCGCGGGGGGCGUGGGGAUCAAUCCCAUCAUGAGCAUGAUCUCCGCGAUGCACGCGGUGGGCGCGGACAAAGUGGGCGGGAUGACCCGGACCGUCAGAGUCCUGUAUGUCUCACGACGAGAGAAGAAUGCGGAGACCGGGGCCGAGGAAGAGAUUUUAUUCGAGAAGAGAUUGAAAUGCAUAGCUGAGACGUGGAAAGGCCACGACCGUGUCGACUUCAAAUACAAUCUUUUCGUGACGGGCGGACAGUCGGGGACGGGAGGGACGAAACAAGACGAAGUCGAACAAGGCAACAUGUUGACGCGAUACCGGCGGAUCCAGCAUGGUGACCUCUUUGACGCCCUCGGCUCUGAGAGCGGCAGAGGCCACACGGCCGUCUAUGUAUGCGGCCUGCCGACCAUGACGGACGAGUUCGUGGCUUUGCUGCAGAAAGCGCCGGGGAUGGAGGACAGGAGAGUCCUGUGCGAGAAAUGGUGGUGA